GCCACGUCUUCUCGUCUUACCUUUACCUCUCCUUGUAUACAAUACUUAAACUAGUUUCAAAUGGCUUCAAAACCAUCACAUUUCCCAUUAGAUAUUAGCAAGUUAAAGUUUGUUUUACAAGUCUUGAGGCAUUACAAGUUUCCUGAAGCAAGAUGGUUUGAGUUUGGAUUGAAUCUUGGCCUGCCUUAUCACACACUGAAAGCUAUUGAGUCAGCUAAUAAAGGAGAUCCUUCAAAUUGCCUGAUGGAGUGUUUAGCCAAGUGGUUGACUGAAGGCUCUGAUCAUACUCUUGUAUGGCAGACACUGGCUAAUGCACUCCGUGGAAUGAAUGCAUUAGCUGUUUCUAAUAAUAUUCGCAAAACAAUGGCAGAUCCUGUUAGUGAGAUAUUGCAGUGUUAUAUUGGUAGACUAGCUCAAGUUGUUCUUACUGAGGAAUCAGUUGAUCUCUUACAUACAGAGGGAUUGAUAUCUAAGGAUACAUUAACAGAAGUGAAGAGUUGCGGUUGUUCAUUGGUAGGAGAUCCAAUGUUACUAAUAUUAAGUGCUGUAGCUGAAGAUCAUAGCAAGUUAUGUACUCUGACAAGCAUUCUAAUGAAAUCAAAGGAAGCAGUGUCUUUAGCUAGUGAUAUAAUAAUGGAAUAUGGGAAGUCAUAUCCUUCAGCAGUAACAGUUAUGCCAUCUUGUCAACAAGCAAGUACUUCAACAUCUUCAAGAUCUGGACAAUUACAAGAUAGUAGUAGUGAGACUCAAGUAACUACCAAUACUGAUGCUACUCCACAAGGUGUAUUAGAGGUUAGAGUUAAUCCUGGCUUUCAAAAGAAGUUUGACAAAAUAUGCGAUUUGCGUGGUACACUUCUUGAUGAUAUUGCUCCUCUCAUUAAAAAAUCAAUUCCAUCUCUGAAUCACCUUAAAACCUACCUUCGAAGAUGUCGUCCAGAAUUAAAGCCUCGAUUGAAAAAAGCCAAUCGCUUUAAGGUUGUAAUGGAAGUGAUUGAGGAUGAGUGUUCUAUCACUAACGUUGCUCUAUUGGAGACUAUAGUGAACAAAUACUCAAUACAAGAUGCUGGAGACAUGAUAUUAGCUUAUCAGACACACUUGGAUGAAUUCUGUGAGAACAAAUUAACAAUGUUUUGUGAUCGUGAGCUUAAGAAAUUAUCCUCUUCUCUCCUCACUUGUGAGACGAUCAAGUUUGUUCUGGAUUGGAAACCAAGUGAACGAUCUCUCUCCGAUAUCAGAGCCCUACUGCGCGUAGCAUUUCAAGAUAAUCAAGUGGAGGUGGUAGUGAUCAAGGAAGGGAACUCCAUCAUUGUUACUUGUUAUGCUCCUCAUUAUCUGAUGGAGAGUUUACUAGUGACAGCUAGAGAUAACGUUGAUAUGCUAAAGGAGAUGGGAUUGAUUAGUUUAACUAUUGGUUACUAUACUGUGUAUGAUGAACAUGCAAUUGAUGAGGAGGUGAAGAGUCUAAUGAAGAAACUCGAGAUGGUAGAGAGUGAAAGAGAUGAUUUACUUGAGGAGAAUGCUAAAUUGAAGGGUACAAUAGACACAUUAGAGUCUGAGAAGGAAGAGAGUAAAAAGAAGAUGACAAAAGCAAUGCAAAUGGAAAUAGAUCAUUUACGAUCAUCUCUUCAAAGCAAAACAGGAAUAGAAGAAAUGUUAAUUGGAGUAGAGAAAACAUUAAUUGAAAGAGAAAAGGAGAUAGAACAGUUACAGGAAAAGAUAUCAUUAAUGAAUAUACAGCAACUGAAAGAAACUUUAAUUACUCUUAGAAAGGAUCAGUCUACACAAUAUAUGGAUCCACCAAAAGGACCAGUUUAUGUAGCUAUUAGAGACUGGGAGGCAAGGAAUAGUACUCAACUUUCAAUCAAGAAAGGAGAGAAACUUCAGAUCAAGGAAGAGCGUACUAGUGAAUGGUGGUUAGCAAGAUCAUUAGAUACUGAUCAAGAGGGAAUUGUUAAUAUUAUUGAUAUUAAAAAAGAUGAAGAGAGUGAACUGUCAACAUUGGAAUCACUUGAACUAUUUCAUUAUGCAAUGACAGAAAAUGUUGACAUACCUAAAAUCAAGGAAAUAAAGAUGAGGAGCAACGUUGAGAGAGCAAGUCUUUUUUUAUCAAUAAUUAAACAAGAUUCAGUUCUGCUAGAUCAACUUAGAAAAAAAGAACAUGGAAAACCUAAAGCAAUUAGGUGGUAUGAUGAUGGUGUUCAACUGACCUCUCCAUCUUUAAUACAAUGUCAAGAAGUAGUUUCUCUAUUAACAAGCAAGCAUCAUAGCAUAAGAAUAAUGAAAUCAUCUCCUGACAUUGUGUGUGAUCUGUUGCCAGUUUUAUUAGAAAAUGAAAAUGUGAAAUCCUUGACAAUACGUGACACUCAACUAACACAGGACUGCAUCUCAUCUUUAUGUAACUUACUGGCUAAUGACAAAUCACUAGAAGGUUUAUAUCUUUGUAACUGCUCCAUUGCUGACAAAGCAGUUACUGAUGUUAUAACUGUAUUGCUGCAAAACAAUACACUUAAAGGAUUAAGCUUCCAGAGAAAUUCUCUUGUUACCUCUGCUAUUUCACUGAAUCUUUCUGAACUAAUCAAAAAUUCAACAUUAGAAGUAUUAGAUCUAGCAGGUACUUCAAUAUCAUCUGAUGGAAUAGUACUAAUUCUUCAAUCGUUAUUAGUUAAUAAGAAAAUGAAGCUCUAUCUACAUACCGACGACAAAGACAUGUGCACAGAAUAUCGUGACUAUAAUAUCAUAAAAGAUAGAGUGUUUUUCUAUUAAAAUGCUGACAUUAAUUAUAGUGAGAUUGUUUUCUUUUCCAUGUAAACUUUUUCUCUUUAAUUCUAUUUUGUCAUC